AUGGCCUCGCAACAACAAGCUAUCCGUCGACGCUACUCAGUUGCCGACCGUCUGCCAGCGGAUUUAGUUCUUCCCACCACUCCAUCCAACUCAAAUUUUGAGACAGCCCCUAAUUCGACCAUUUCUGCUACUGCUUCUCCCACUGUCGGUGUCGCUGCCUCUGUCAACCCUAGGUACGCUCCCGUUCGUGACCUGGCUCAGGGGUCCAACCCGAGACACCUGAAUUCCUCCUCACACAACCGCCACGGCAGCAUGGCUUCAACAGCAGCAAUGCCUUCCCGGCCAGCUUCAAAGGACGAGAGCGCCCCGUUCAGACGUGGCCACGCUCGUGCCAAAUCUAGUGUAUCCAGCAUGAACCGCCAGGUCAAUCGACUCUCUUUGACGCUUCCAAUUGCACCCCCUACAAGUGACCCUUCCCGACCAACACCGACUUCUGCUUCCAUUUCAUCAGUCCCCCCGACACCAAUCGAAUCUGGCAUUGCCACUCCUGCUGACGCAAAUGAGUUUAUCAUCGCAAUUGCUGCUCAGGAGAGACGUGUGCUCGAAUUGCGCGAGGAAUUGUCGCGUGCCGAAGCAGAUCUAACGUUGCUCAAGAAGAAAUGGACUGCACAAGAGAAGAAGGGCGACACCAUCCCUCUUGAAGCAUUUCGCAGUCCUAUUUUAUCCUCAGAAGAUGACGCUGCAUCUUUCCGGCGAAGUGUCGACUCAGAUCGCAGGAAAUUGUUACAGCAGACUCAGAACCCAGCGACUCCCAACCGAAGAAGGGUCCUCCGUGGCGGGCAUACAAGAACCCUAUCUCUACUAUCGCCGGCGAAACCAGACGCAGGAUUCUCAUUAUACCAGGAUCGCGACCACGAGCACGAGCAAGUGAAAUUACCUUCGAUAGAGCGCAGGACCGCUCAAUUAACAAACCCUCAUUUAUCUAAGCGUGCCUCGUGGCAGCCACGUACACAACAAAACGGCCCGGUUGUUCCACAGAUUGUGGAGGACUUUAAGUUGGGCCUCAGGGCUUUUGUCGAGGACAUACGCCAGAUUACAGUCGGGGAUGAGCCAAUCAAUGGCCAGCCCGUUCGAUCCAACAGUGUCAACGAACGUGGUGAAGCCAAUCGAAACCAGGAUACUGUACGACCGAAUCGUCCGCUGCGGCCCAAAGUGAGCACAGUAUUUGAACCACCUCACAACAACUCGGAUGCGAAUGAGACCAAAUCCUCGACCUCGGCAAGCACAGCAUCGAAAAGGCCCGAACUACCUUCUCGGAGCAAAACAAAGUCCAAGAACAAAUCUUUCUCUUGGCAGCCUCUUGGAUUUGAUUCGAUGGAUGAUAACGACUGGUCUAAUUGGGAAUCUCCGGCCUCAUCUUCCAAGACGUCUCGCUGGAGUGGAUCUACUAUUGGCAGCGGUGGACUGGACGAUAUGUCUGCUACUUCAGAUGAGGGAGAACCUGCGGACUCACCCUCUAAGAAGUCGACCGGCUACGAAACCCCGUUGCUCUCUCCCAAGCUAGAAGAGCUUCUACCCAAUAUCGUCAAUCAGUUCUCGCCCAGUAACAUCAAACGCACUGCGACAACCCUGAUGGAUGAGUGGGAGAAGUCCCUUACAGACCCUAACUAUCCUCAUCAGACACAAAACAAGGAGAACACCACUUAG